AUGUCCAUGGACAAUAGAAAUCACAAUGGCACCCAAUUCCACCCUUCCUCCUUCCUCCUGCUGGGGGUACCAGGGCUGGAAGCUGCACACAACUGGCUGGGCUUCCCCUUCUGUGUCGUGUACCUGAUCGCUCUCAUGGGAAACUGCACCAUCCUGUUCGUCAUCAAGACCGAGCACAGCCUCCACCAGCCCAUGUUCUACUUCCUGGCCAUGCUGGCCACCAUCGACCUGGGCUUGUCCUCAGCCACCAUCCCCAAGAUGCUGGGCAUCUUCUGGCUCCUCCUGCAGGAGAUCAGCUUUGGGGGCUGCCUCACCCAGAUGUUCUUCAUCCACAUGCUCACCGGUAUGGAGGGUAUGGUGCUCGUGGCCAUGGGUUAUGACCGCUUUGUGGCCAUCUGCAAGCCUUUCCGCUACUGCACCAUCCUCACCAAUAAAUCCAUUAAGUUAUUCCUGGGGUUAGCUGUCCUGACAAAUUUCUCUUCGUUGAUUCCCCUGGUAUUUCUUCUGUUGAGGUUGCCCUACUGUGGGCACCGAAUCAUCCUCCACACCUAUUGUGAGCACAUGGGCAUUGCCCGGUUGGCAUGUGCAAGUAUCAAACUCAACAACAUUUAUGGUUUAUGUGUCAUCCUUUUUGUUUUUUUAUACAUAUUGCUGAUCGCCAUCUCCUACAUCAGGAUUCUCUACACUGUCUUUAGACUUCCCUCCCGGGACGCACGACUCAAAGCUGUAAACACUUGCAUCUCCAACAUCUGUGUCAUCCUGGCCUUUUUCACCCCGGCCCUCUUCUCUUUCCUCACCCACCGCUUUGGACAUAACAAAAUCCCCGGCUACGCCCACAUCCUCCUGGCCAAUUUGUAUGUGGUCGUCCCACCUGCUCUCAACCCCAUCAUCUAUGGGGUGAGGACCAAGCAGAUCCGUGAAAGUGUAUCCAGCAUUUUCACAAAGAAGUGGUCAUUUCCUUUGUCCCUCUCCCGUUCUGCCCUGAAAGUGGGCUUCCUCAUUUCUGACAUCAGCCUGGUGGUCUGGGGAGUUCUUCAGGUGUGUCUGCAAAUUUUGGCUUGUCCCCUGGUCAGGAAGCAGCACAAUCCUUCAUAA